AUGACCACCACUCUCAACCAGAUCGCAACAUGGACGAACGACCUCGCCAUUGCUGUCAAGGCCCUGGGCGACCAAGGCUACGACCACAACCUCGACCAGUUGGCCGACGCUGAAUCGUACCGUGCCAGACGCAGUAUACUUAGCAUUGCAACCCGCAUCAAAACUCACCUGGCCGAGCCCACCGAUUUCGUCCAACAGCUUGCCACUCAGAUUCAACUUCUAGCCUGCCUUCGAUGGUUGGGAGAAUUCCAAGUCCUGGCAUGCAUCCCCUUGACCGGUACCAUCUCCAUGAAGGAUGUUGCCGACUUGGCCGUCGUACCAGAAUCGCAGCUUCGUCGUGUCAUCCGCAUGACGGCCACCGUUGGCUUUCUCCGCGAGCCUAGCGUGGGCCAGAUAGCACACACGCCCCUGUCCGCUUCCUUUGUCACCAACUUGUCCUUCCUGGAUGCGACCAUGUUUCUGGCCGAGACCAGCGCUCCCGCUGCCUUGCACAUGGCCACGUCGACCCUCCGCAACGAGCCUCAGGAGGAGCUUGGCGACAGUGCCUACUCGAUUGCCUUCAAGAGCUCUCAGUCGUUCGAAUCGGCUUGUGCAGAACGGACAAGAUUACAACGCCAAUGGUCUGCCUAUCGUCGAUGCGUAGGCGACUUUGAGGACCAUCUGCCUGGCAUCCUUGGUAGGCUCAAUUGGCGCAGUUUGGGCAACGCCUGCAUUGUCGAUGUCUCAGCACAGUCCACCGAGGCGGCAACCACGCUCGCAGAAAAUCAUACGUCGCUCCAAUUCAUGGUGCAACUGGUCGCGUCCGGAACCGCUGACGACGAUAUCCGAAAUACGAGUAGCAUACCUGAAUACGUGCAUCCUCGAGUCGUAGUCCAAUCGCGGUCGCCUGCCGCUCCUCAGACCGUUAAAGAUGGCGCGGUUUACAUACUUCGCCUACCCCCGCUCACAGCCUCUUCCGCUGCGCACAUUACUGCCGAGCUCCACGCGCAUUUACCCGUCCUCCGCGACAACCUUUCAGCGACUCUGCUAUUAGCACCGCCCAUUCUACCAGAGCCUGGAUCUGUCGAGGCCGAACGGGAGACCAUGGCCCGCCUGAGCGACCUAUCCCGCUUGCAACUCUGCAACCAGCCUGCCUUCGAGCUGGACGUGCUUGUGGAAAUGAUCCAGAGCGUGCGGGAUGCGUCGGGCGGGCUAGUGGUGGUGACCAAGCUGCGGUCCUGUGACAAUGCCACGGCUGCGCUGGCGGUUCGAUAUCAGGCAUGUGGAGGCAUUGUGGAACGCAGAGAAGGAUACGUUGAAGAGCAAACGGCGUGA